GAAAUCUCUCCCUUGAUUCUGUUACGGCCGAACCGAAGGAAAAGGACCAAAACCCAAAAUCUGCAAUUUCAUUUAACUCAGUCUAACCUCUCUGCAGUCUGCCCUGUCUCCGAACAUCCGGUGCAAUGCCACUCCCCAUCUCGGACGGUCCCCACUGACAGCCGAUGGAGAAACCGCCGGCCGGAACUCUCUGCCAUCAGCCGCUCCAUUGUGUCCUCGGGUCUCUGGUAAUCUGCAUCUUCCUGGUCUCUCUUAAUCGUUCGUUCUCUGCUAACAGCAAAAAUGGGGUCGGCUUCUUCGUCGAGAAUUAUCAAAAUGCCAUCAGUUCUCCAAAACCCGGAUCUCCGAUGCCGGCUAGAGAGAAUGCGGCAGUAACUGAUCCGUGCUCGGGGAGGUACAUUUACAUCCAUGACCUCCCCAGCAGAUUCAACACCGACCUCCUCGAUAACUGCCGGUCCCUUACGAGAGGGACUGAUGGUAACAUGUGCCAGUACAUAGACAACUUCGGGCUCGGCCCCAAAGUCAGUGAUCCCGGCGGGGUUCUCUCGAACGGGAGCUGGUUCCGAACCAACCAGUUCAUGCUGGAGGUGAUCUUCCAUAACAGACUGAAGAAGUACGAAUGCCUCACGAACAACUCGUCCCGAGCCUCGGCGGUCUUCAUCCCGUAUUACGCUGGCCUGGACAUGAGCCAGUUCCUGUGGAGCCCGAACAUCUCAGUGAGGGAUGCAACGGGUUACGAUCUCGUCAGGUGGGUGUCAGGCCGGCCCGAGUGGAGGAGAAUGUGGGGGCGGGACCACUUCUUCGUGGCGGGGAGGAUCGCGUGGGAUUUCCGGAGACAGACCGAUGAUACCUCCGACUGGGGGAGCAAGCUCAUGUUCCUGCCCGAGUCACGCAACAUGACGAUGCUCUCGGUCGAGUCAAGCGUCUGGAACAAUGACCUCGCCAUCCCGUACCCGGCCUACUUCCAUCCAUCAGACCUCUCUGAUGUAGCGGAGUGGCAGGACAGGAUCCGAAAUCAGGAAAGGCCUUACCUGUUUGCCUUCGCAGGGGCCCCACGCCCCGAGCUCCGGUUCACCAUCCGUGGCAAAAUCAUCGAGCAAUGUCUCAACUCAAAUGGAAAGUGCAAGUUGCUCAAUUGUAGCCCAGAGACGAACAAUUGCGACAACCCUGUAAAUGUCAUGAGCGUUUUCCAGAAAUCCGUGUUCUGCCUCCAGCCUCGGGGCGAUUCCUACACGCGCAGGUCGACGUUUGACUCAAUCAUAGCAGGCUGCAUCCCAGUGUUUUUCCACCCGGGCACUGCCUACGUGCAAUAUCUGUGGUACCUGCCCGAAAACUACACUAGGUAUUCGGUCUACAUACCGCUGGGGAAUGCCAAAGAAGGGGAGAAAAUCAGUAUUGAGGAGAGAUUGCUCCAUAUUCCUAGAGAUAAGGUGGUGGAGAUGAGGGAGGAGGUCGUGAGGAUGAUCCCCAGGAUCAUAUACGCGGACCGACGGGAUGGGGUCGGGGCGUUUGAGGAUGCAUUCGAUGUUGCAGUGAAGGGGAUUCUCGAUAGAGUAGAGAGGGUGAGAAGGGUGAUCCGUGAUGGGGGUGAUCCUGGCGUUGGAUUCUCUGAACAGAACCAUUUCAAGUUUGACUUCCCAUUGCCGUGACGGAUAACUUACAAUCGGAUGCUAUCCGGGAGUUGGGUUAAUCCUAAUUAAGAGGUACUUUAGUGAGUUUCGAUCCCUAAACACACACACAUAUGUAUAUUUUGGUGGGCCGGGAUAUUUCUUCCUUAUGAUUUUUUGGUUCUUCUGGGGAUCUGCAUAGGUAUAUAUUUAUCAUCGAGUGCGACUGGAGAAUUUGUGACAGUCCUAAAGGAAGAAUAUGAACUACUUUUUUCUUCAUUGGAACAAUCAAUUCAUGUCAUCCUAAUUGAUCUGGUAGUCAGGCAGACAAGCUCCCUGGAUGAGAUUUGAUUUGAGUUUCCUGACUGGGCAACUCGAACUCGAUCUGUUCAUAUCAGAACAUACCUUGAUCCGGAAAAUUCAAUUUUGUCAAAGAGCAAGAACACCAUUUCACAGGGAGUAAAUAUUUU